AUGGCGCUGGAUGUAUCAAGUGGCUACGUAGCUGCCAGCAGCUUGGCCAAACUCACUGACACCUCUGCGCCCAUCUUCAAUGUUGAGCGGGUUCAGCUUAAGUUCUCCAUAGCGUCGGACUUUGUUGCCGCGCAGGUUGCGAACAAUGUUCUUAUUCUUGCUCUAGCAUCGAGGAGAAUUUUGCGGAUUGAUCUCGAUAAUGCGGAGGAUAUCGAUGACGUUGAUCUGCCCAGGAAGUCUUCGGUGACGGGUUUGAUUCGCCGCAUGUUCCUGGAUCCUACCGCAUCACAUCUUAUCAUCACAACUACACAUGGCGAGAAUUAUUACCUCCAUAAUCAGUCCAGACAGCCGAAAGCCCUUCCCCGCUUGAAAGGUGUUUCCAUCGAGAGUAUCGCAUGGAAUCCUUCCUUGCCAACGGCCUCAACUAGGGAGAUUCUAGUAGGUGCAUCAGAUGGGAAUGUCUAUGAAGUCUAUAUCGAACCGCUAUCGGAGUUCUACCGAAGGGACGAAAGAUAUGUUAAUUCAGUGUAUAAGAUCCCGGGAUCGAGUGUGACAGGUAUUUGGGUGGGUUUGGUCCCUGGAAGCCCGGAUUACCGAUGUGUUAUACUAUCGUCCCAUAGAAAGAUAUUAUAUUUCAUGGGCCGUGUGGGAAAAAACGGAAAAGAAGGCGGCAGCUCGAUAUUUGCAGAUCUGUUUCACAAGGAAACUCCCCUUGUGCAUGAGGUCUCAAGCGCAUCCCCAUCAGCGCCUUCAUUACUUGCUAUGCAACCUGACCCUCCAGAGGAUCACUAUGGUGAAGGGGAAAGCACAGGAAAACAGUUUGCCUGGCUCACUUCUCAAGGGGUUUUCUACGGAACAGUUCCAACGACGCCGUCAACCCCAGAGCUGGGAGAGCGUAUUUUCGACAAGGCCAAGUUACUCCCCAGAUCUAUUCUGCCAGGAUCAGAGUCUGCCAGAGGCAGCCGAAAAUUGAUCCAAGACCCGAUUAAAGGGAUGACUUUGACUCAGUGGCAUAUUUUGACUCUGGUCGAAGGUCGCAUCGUGGCAGCCAACAGGCUAAAUGGGGAGAUCGUAUAUGACCAGGCUGUUCUCGAGCGCGGCGAAAGUUCUCUUGGUCUGGUAUCAGAUCAGAAGAAAAAUACACAUUGGCUCUUUGUUGGCAAGGAAAUUUACGAAAUCGCAGCCAAUGACGAAGACAGGGAUGUAUGGAAAAUGUUUCUGAAGGAGCAGCAAUUCGAUGCCGCUCUGCGGUACGCCCGUGGCGCAGCCCAGAAAGAUGCUGUGGCCACAGCAUCCGGUGACUAUCUUGCAAGUAAGGGCCAAUAUUUGGAGGCUGCCGCGGUAUGGGGUAAAAGCAGCAAAAGUUUCGAGGAGGUCUGCCUGACCUUUAUGAAUAAAGGGGAACAAGAUGCUCUGAGAAAAUAUCUUCUCACACAAAUGUCAACCUACAAGAAGUCUGCAAUAAUGCAAAGGACGAUUAUUGCUAGUUGGCUCGUGGAAGUUUUCAUGUCCAAGCUAAACUCACUCGAUGACACCAUUGCGACGAAAGCGGAGUUAGUGGAAGGGACAAAUGCUGGGGAAACAAGAGAUGCACUUAACAACGUACGGGCUGAGUUUCAGGACUUUGUUAUGAAAUAUAAAUCGGAGCUUGAUCCGAAAACCGUCUAUGACAUCGUUGGCAGUCAUGGAAGAGAGGAGGAACUGUUAUAUUUUGCAACAGCUAUCAAUGACUGCAAUUUUGUCCUCUCAUAUUGGAUCCAACGAGGAAAAUGGAGUGAAGCUCUCAACGUCCUAAAAAAACAGACGAACCCGGAUGUCUUCUACAAGUACAGCUCCGUACUCAUGACACAUGUGCCUCCUGAUCUCGUCGAUAUACUGAUGAGACAAAUCGAUCUCGACCCUCAAAAGCUUAUUCCUGCCCUGUUGAGUUACAAUAACACUACUAAGGUCCCGCUUAGUCAAAAUCAAGCUAUUCGUUAUUUAAAUUUUAUCAUUGCCAACCAUCCAAACCCAUCGGCAGCGGUGCACAACACAUUCAUUUCCAUACAUGCCUCCCACCCCUCUUCCUCGGAGGCUGCGCUACUAUCAUACCUCUCCUCUCAACCGUCAUCCCCUCCCCCUUACGACGCUGACUUUGCCCUCCGUCUGUGCAUCCAGCAUAACCGCGUCCAGUCAUGCGUCCACAUCUACACGACUAUGUGCCAGUAUCUUCAAGCUGUGGAGCUUGCUCUAAAACACAACGACAUAGAGCUCGCUGCAUAUGUUGCGGACCUCCCCAAUGGAAAUGACAAACUUCGCAAAAAGCUAUGGCUCCUGGUAGCGGAGAAGAAGAUCCGCCAACCAGGCACUGGAAUCAAAGAUGCAAUUGAGUUUCUCCGUCGCUGCGAGCUUCUCCGGAUAGAGGAUCUUAUCCCCUUUUUCCCGGAUUUUGUUGUAGUUGACGAUUUCAAGGAUGAGAUCUGUACUGCGUUAGAAGACUACUCGCGACAUAUCGACAGCUUGCGUCAGGAAAUGGACAAUUCUGCGCAUACGGCUGAGCAAAUACAAAAUGAGAUUGCGGCACUUGAUUUACGAUAUGCUAUUGUGGAACCGGGGGAGAAAUGCUGGAUAUGUUCGUUACCGCUGCUUAGUCGCCAGUUUUUCGUGUUCCCUUGCCAGCAUGCGUUCCAUAGUGAUUGCUUGGGAAAGAAGAUACUUGAAGCAGCUGGGUCUGGCAAGAGGAAACGCAUUAGGGAUUUGCAGAUUGAAAUGAGCAAGGAAACGAACACUGGAGGGAAACGGGAGAAGGUUAUACGUGACCUGGAUGGGUUGAUUGCUGAAGCUUGUAUUCUUUGUGGUGAAUAUGCAAUCAAGCAAGUUGAUGAGCCAUUCAUCAGUGCUUCAGAUAAUAGGGACGAAUGGGCGAUAUGA